GCAUCAUAGCUAGCUAGAAAAAAAACAUGGCGCCUGACAGCAGCAUCAUAUUUGAGCUGCGCAAGUACGUCAUGUUCAUGGCCAUUCUGACCGCUACGGUGACCUACGUCGCUGGGCUCAACCCUCCGGGCGGCGUCUGGCUGCGCACCGAAGACGACCACCUCGCCGGCAACCAGAUCCUGGUCGUGACGGACCACCAGCGCUACAAUGCCUUCUACUACAGCAACGGCACCGCGUUCAUGGCUUCCGUGGUGGCCAUCCUCCUCCUCCUCCUCCUGGAGAGGAAGAUGGACAAGCUGCGCCUUCUCGUGGUGCUCAGGUACGUCAUGGUGUUGGAUCUCUUCGCACUCCUGGUGGCCUACACCGCCGGGGCCAGCCGGGGGACGGCCACCACCGUCUUCGCCUCCAUGCUGGCCUCCAAAGUCUUCGUCUACGUCACUGGCUACGCUGCGCCACAUCUGCUCGGGUCUAUACCCGACCAUGACGAGCUCAGUUUGGAGGCAAAAUCCAGGCUCGUGCAGCGGCGCAAGAUCCUGAUACUCUUCUGCAUCUUCGCGGCAACGGUCACCUACACGGCCGGGUUGAACCCCCCGGGUGGUUUCUGGGCCGACGCCAAAGAAGCAGGCCACCGGCCGGGCAGCCCAGUCAUGCACUCGCGGCGCUUCAUGGCCUUCUUCAUCUGUAACACCGUCACGUUUAUCGCGUCCCUCAUGGCCAUGCUGAUGCUCCUAACCACCAUUAGAAGCGAGUUCAGGCAGGGCGCCGAGUUCGCUCAUAUUCGGCGCUGGUGGUACGUCCUCUACGGGGAAAUCCUGGCGACUCUGCUUGGCCUCUUGGUGGCCUACGCGCUUGGAAGCUGCAGGAAGACUCACUCCACCAUCUAUGUUUUCUGCCUGGUCCUCCCGGUUCUCCUCUACACUCUCAUCCAAUUACUCAUCCAGAGAUACUGUUGGGAUAAACUUGUGGGCCUUGCCAAGAAAAUACAAAGGCACUUAACAUGCUGCUGGACCGGGCUAAGCUCGGGCUUCAACUUAUGCUGGAACGGACUACGCUCAUGCUGGACCGAUCCUAUCCAGCAAAACGCGCGGAGACAAGAUAACUCUGGGACAGGGACGGCGCCGGCGCAGAUGGCCCACACUAUGGUGCUGCUUCUUGCCACUCUCGCCGUGACCAUCACGUACCAAGCAGGGAUGAACCCGCCAGGCGGCUUCUGGCCGGACGACGGCGACGGUCACAAGGGCGGCGACCCGAUACUGUUAACGACGCAUCUGGGACGCUACAGGGCCUUCUUCUACUGCAACACCGUCGCCCUCGUCGCCUCCAUAGUCGUCAUUUUCAUGGUCCUCAACAGUCACGUGCGGAUCGCCGUCCACAAGCACCACGCGCUGGAGGCCGCCAUGUUACUCGACCUGCUCAGCCUCACGGCCGCCUAUGCGGUUGGGUGCGGCCGGGACGUGGACACCUCCCUCCGCUUAAUUGCCGUUGGCGGUGCCAUCCUGGCUUAUGUCGUGAUCCACAUCGUCUUCUUCACGCUCGAGACUACAAGGAGCGAGGAGCCGGCUGUGAUGAAGAAGAAGCGCAAGCUGCUGCUGUUGUUCGCCAUCUUGGUCGUCACCAUCACCUACCAAGCUGGACUUACCCCGCCGGGGAGCUUCUGGCUCAAAGGUGACUCCGCGGGCUACCCGGUCAUCUCCAGCAACUAUCCGGGCCGUUACACGGCCUUCUUCUACUGCAACGCGGCGAGCUUCAUGUCCUCGGUGGUCAUCAUCAUCCUGCUGGUGAACCCGCAUAUGUACGAGCUGGGCAUCAAGUGCCACGCACUCUACUUGUGCGCGGUAUCGGGCUUGGUCGGCCUCAUCAGCGCGUACGCCGCUGGGAGCUCUCGGCACAUGCGGACCUCCAUCUUUGUGGUCGCGCUGGCCGGCGCAGUGGUUGUUUUCAUCGUCCUGCUGCUCUUAGCACUCAAGUUUCUCUUCCCCACGCCUGCCGCUGCUCCUGAUCCUGAAGCAACACAGCCUGCCUCCGUUGCUCCUGAGCAAGAAACAACAGCGCCUGCCACCGCUGAUCCUGAUGCAACACAGCCUGCCACCGUUGCUCCUGAGCAAGAAACAACAGCGCCUGCCCCUGCUGCUCCUGGGCAAGAAACAAUACGGCCUGCCCCCGCCGCUGAAGGACAAACGGAUAAGUACACCAGGCGCAAGUGCCUCAUGCUGGUGAGCAUCCUGGUGGCGAGCGUCACCUACCAGGCCGGCCUCAACCCACCGGGCGGCGUGUGGCCGGACAGCAUCGACGGGCACGCCGCCGGCGGCCCGGUGCUACACGACAGCAACAAGCGCCGGUACCAUUUCUUCUUCUACAGCAACUCUGUCUCCUUCCUAGCAGCCAUCGUUGUCAUCUUCCUGCUACAACUGGACGAGCUACUGGGUGUGGGGUCCGAGGGGCUGCUCCGUGUGGCGCAGUCCUCCAUCCUGCUGGCCCUGCUCGGCCUCCUCUUCGCCUACGCCUCCGGCAGCAGCCGGGAGUGGGACACGUUCGGGCAUAUGGUCGCGCUAACGGUCGUCGUGCUGCUCUACAUCGCCAUCCAUGUGCUGCUAUCAUGCCGUCACGACAAUAGCUCACAUAACCCCAGUGCUGACAGGUCCAUAACCCGUGAGAGGGUACUCCCCACUGACGCUUAUCAGGAACCAUCAGUAGGAGGCAUGUCGGUGGUGAGUGGUGACUAAAUCACCCUAGUCUCCAAUCACGGGUGGAGAUCUCUACCGGUUAGUGUUGAGUUUGAAAGGAUUUUUAAAAAAUAGACCACCAUUACAGCCAUGCCCACUUUUCUAUUUUAUAAUUCGGUUCCAAUAAUUCAGGAGUUAUUACUGAAUUUCGUACUUGGUAGCCUUUCAUAUACCCUCAGGGCACGGCACAAAAAAUUGUCAUUCAUAUAUAUAAGUCUCAAUCUAUCUAGAUUUCCAUCUUAAUGAACUAUUGUAAUUCGAAAAGCUUCCUAAGUCUGUAUGAAGGCGGCCAAUGAAGUCUAUGUUGAAAUGGCUAUCCUAGCGUAUAUUCUUGCCGGGAGAAGAUCAUAUAAAUCAUUUAACACGUGACAAAUAUUAUCUCCGCAUCAAUUUAUGAACCUAGAUGAUUUAUCCAUACAUGUACGAAUUAUCGGAUGUAUUAUUUGGA